AUGAAACUCAAUAAUAAACAAUUCAUCUUUGCUUUACUAUACACAUUGGUACUGCCACUAGCGUCCUCCUAUCAAUUGUAUUGUAAGUGUGAGUGUAAUGUCAAAACAAUCAUUAACCCUAUAGAUAAGUGCAAACUAUGUACAGAAGAAUAUUGUUUAAGCAAGGAUAAAGAUUUAUGUGCCCUGACUGAAGAAGAUCCUGACAAAUCCAGCGCAAUCAUUAUCAGUUGUUUCCAAAUAGAAAGUUUCAAAGAAUCAUUUGUGAUCUAUCUGUUUAUUUCCAUUGUGGUAGGACUAAUGUUUUAUAUCGGCUAUCAUAGUUAUAUGCGACAGUAA